CGAGACGAAAAUGGGGAACUUAUGGACGCGACAACAAAUGAUUACUUUCUAGGACUCAGGGAGAAAAGACGUUGGCUUGGUUUGGCAAGGUUCUUUACUGAACUGUUCAAGCGUAAUGUGGUCACCGAGCCAAUGAUGCAUAGGUGCAUCAAGCAUUGUUUGAACAAGACUCAACAUCCACAUCCUGACCAGAUGGAAUUGUUGUGCGAAAUAUUGAAAACUGCUGGCAAAUUUAUGGACCAUGAAAAAGCUAAAGCUCACAUGGACACGUAUUUUGAGAGGAUACUUUUCUUUGCACAGCAUACUCAAUUGAAUAGAAACUUACGCUCUAAACUGAUGGAUAUCGUUGAGUUAAGGGAAAAUAAUUGGAUUCUUAUUGGCAAACAACCAGAGCAUAAUGAACUUGAAAGAAUAACCGUUGAGGGUACCAAACAUCCACAUUCGCAAAAUCAAGAAGCCAAUGUAUAUUACAUUUUCGACGUCGAUUACAAGACCUUUAAGAAAAUCUUGUGUUAUCUAUAUACUGGCAGGAUUGAUACAAAAUUAGAUACCGAAGUUUUAAAGGGCUAUAUCUAA